UCAAAAACGAAUCAACGGUGCUGGACGAACCCGCAGUCUCAUCUCCAUCGUCCUCCUCCCUCCUCUCCUAUCCAGCGUCCGAUCCUCCCUGCACCAUCCGAUCUCUCCCCCCUCCCCCAUCGCGCGCGCCAAUUACAACUUCCCCACAGCUCGCUCGCGUCCUGCCCCUCGAUCGUCCCGGGCGGCGCGAUUAUGGCGGAGGCUCCGGCGAGUCCCGGCGGCGGCGGCAGCCACGAGAGCGGCGACCACAGCCCCCGCGGCGGCGGCGGCUUCGGCGUCCGCGAGCAGGACAGGUACCUCCCCAUCGCCAACAUCAGCCGCAUCAUGAAGAAGGCCCUCCCCGCCAACGGCAAGAUCGCCAAGGACGCCAAGGAGACCGUGCAGGAGUGCGUCUCCGAGUUCAUCAGCUUCGUCACCAGCGAGGCGAGCGACAAGUGCCAGAGAGAGAAGAGGAAGACGAUUAACGGCGACGACUUGCUCUGGGCCAUGGCGACCUUAGGGUUUGAGGAUUACCUCGAUCCGCUUAAGAUUUACCUGGCCAGAUACAGGGAGGUUGGUGGGGAUACCAAGGGGCCAGCUAGAGGUGGGGAAACAUCUGCUAAAAGAGAUGGCGCCGCAGUUCAGUCAGCUCCUAAUGCCCAGAUUGCUCACCAAGGUUCUUUCUCUCACGGCACCAACUAUUCCCAUUCUCAAGUUCACCAUAGUGCGCUUCCGAUGCAUGGCGCAGAAUAAUCACUUGUUGCAAACCCAUUGCAUGAGAUGAAGAAAUCAUUGCUCUCGUUCCUAGCGUUCAACUCAUCUCGGCAUCAAGAUAUUUAUGAGAUGUGCUGCUGACGUUUUAGGCUGGUCUCUGUCAAUCGUGUUCAUUUGGAGUCGUUUUCCAUUGGGCUGUAUAUUUUAGCAUCUGCAUCAUAUUUGCUUUCGGCCUUAUAUAUGUCUGGUUUAGAUUCACUUGAUAAUGUAGAAAGGUAAGCCCUGCAAGUAUUUAUCUUAUUGUCAUUUAGAGUGGGCACCCGAUGAGGACAAGAAUGAAGUUUCUUUGGUAGUUCUCCGUGUUUUGUUGGAGUCGUCUUGUGUAUUAGUAUUCCUGAGUUGAAACUUGUGACCAAUUGGUAUGCACACGGUUCACGUUUACGUGACAAUGUUCAGGUCUGAGUGUAUAAUCCAUAAUCCAAUUCAGAUCGUAUGGUGCAAUUGCAUUAUUUUUGUA